AUGUGCUACACUACAGUAUACUCCUGUCUACAAAGCACAGAACAAUAUGUACUGGUUAACACACUGUACUGCAUCCUGGAGGAGCAGGCACCAAAUCUUUGGCCUGGUACCUUGCCUGAAGUUGUCUGUGAUGCUACCAAAGACCAGGGUGUCAACGGCACCAAUAGCAGCACUCCAUCUCGCUGCCGGCAGUUAGACCCACACCAACUUCAGCUGCCCAUCUGUCAGAGCUGCACUGCUCAUGGCUGCCUGCUGCCAUCCAACUUGUGUCAGACAGUAAGUUCCGUCAUUUAUGGAGGUGUUAAUCAAGUUGUAUGGUCAGAAGCUGUGUGGAGCUUCUGUGGAGAGGAGCGAGACAAGUUGCUACUCUGGGCAGCUCAGAAGGGGGCAGUGGAGGAGCUGCGGGCAUUGCUGAUGGCAGGUGCUGAUGUGGGAGUGAGAGACCACUUUGGGUGGACUGCUCUGCACCGGGCAGCAGCCAGAGGGCACGUGGAGGUGGUGAGAUGGUUGCUGCGAGCUGGGGCAGACGUGGGGGCUGCGGAGUACUUCGAGCAGCUUACGCCUCUCCACAUGGCAGCAAUAUGGGGUCAUGAGUAUGUGGUGUGGCUGCUGCUGGUGGCAUCAGACCCUCCCCUUGACUGUAACUACCCGGAUGUCGUAGAUACCUGUGGGAGGACUCCACUGCACUGGGCAGCAGUUGCAGGCAAUGCCACAGUUGUGUCCAUGCUGCUCGAGGCAGGAGCGGACAAGGCAGCCAGAAAUAACGCUGGAACAACAGCUCUGGAUUUUGCCAUACAGGAAAAUCACCAUCAGGUGGUUGACUUGCUACAAUCAAGUUUGCAGUUUUCGUAG